ACACGCAUCAUUCGCAUUCAGGACUUCGCUGACUUCAGUGCAACCUACCAGUGCAGCAUCAUGAGAUCCAUGCUCGUAGCCGCCAGUCUGGUGGCUCUCUUGGCCUUCUCCCAUGCGGAAGAAGCCAAGAAAGCAGAAAAGGAAGUGGCAGUGACCGAUAACAAAGAGGCGGCAUCCGAUGACAAGAAGCACGAGAAAAGAGGAUUGUUCGACAUCGGCUUGGGCUAUGGACAUGGCGGUUUAGAGGGUGGAUUCGGCGGUGGAUUAAGCGAAGGGAUCAGUGGCUAUGGAGGUUAUGGUGGACAUGAAGUACACAAGACCGUUACUCUUGUCAAGAAAGUCCCCGUCCCUUACCCAGUUGAGAAACACAUUCCCGUCCCAGUAGAGAAGACAAUCCCCUACCCCGUCAAGGUACCAGUACCCCAACCCUACCCUGUCGUUAAGCAUGUGCCUUACCCAGUCAAGGAGAUUGUUAAAAUACCUGUCCACGUUCCCCAACCCUACCCAGUUGAAAAGAAGGUGCCUUACCCCGUCCAUGUACCCGUCGACAGGCCCGUCCCCGUUAAAGUGUACGUACCACAACCUUACCCCGUUGAGAAACACGUACCAGUGCCCGUCAAAGUCCCAGUGCCAGCUCCUUACCCAGUAGAGAAGAAGAUCCCUUACCCAGUCAAGGUGCCAGUCCAUGUACCCGCUCCCUACCCAGUGGUCAAGGAAGUACAUGUUCCCGUCAAGGUUCCCGUUGACAGGCCUUACCCCGUACACAUUCCCAAGCCCGUGCCUUACCCAGUCGAGAAACCAGUGCCUUAUCCAGUUGAGAAGCCCGUCCCCUACCCCGUGAAGGUCCCCGUCGACCGCCCAGUGCCAGUGCACAUUGAGAAACCAGUGCCCUACCCCGUCAAGGUGCCAGUACCCGCCCCGUACCCAGUCGAGAAGCACAUCCCAGUACCAGUGGAGAAGCAUGUGCCUUACCCCGUCAAAGUGCCCUACGACAGGCCUUACCCCGUGCACAUCGACAGGCCAGUAGCCGUGCCCGUCGAGAAACACGUGCCUUACCCCGUCAAGGUCCCCGUCCCAGUUGUAAUCGGUCAUGGUCAUGACUACGAGUAUGGUCAUCAUGGUAGCUACUAAGGCUGCAGGGAGCAGACGUCUGAAUGUGAUAUAUAAAUAUAAGCUUAGCACAUAAAACGAACGAGGGCCGUGGAAUACCUCAUCAGAGCGGAUAGUGGUUCAUCACCAGAUCCCUGGAUCUCCGUAUUCUACGACCCGCGAACGAUAUGCACUGAUAUAAUACUCUCAGAAUAGUCUUUUUUUUGUUGUGAUUCUUUUUAUUUUAGCUUGUACAAGAUCGGUGAAUGUUACGUUUGAGUUGAUGUACCUGUUAUUUUUAUGAACUAAACCCUGUGUUCCAUUUAUUUUUGUGUUACUUUUAAUUUUUGGAAGCGAGUAUUUUUAUACGAACUGAUGUAAAAUAAAAUAAAAAAUGGCUCAGCCAAUUAAUUUAAAAC